CCCUCACUGGCAUUUCAACCAUAAAUUGGAGGCGUUUGACACCCGCCAAACUGCCGAUGCCAUGCUGUCUCUUUUGACUAUCCUCUUUAGCUUGACUGGAGCAAUUGGAGGCAACCACAGCUGUCACGCCGUGGACUUGGAUGCUGAGCCGGUGCAACUGAACCUGCUCCAGGCAGCCGCAGUCAAAGGAGCCCCGCAUGUCCGACAACAGGUAGAGACAUCGCCAGUGUCGCUGGUGCAGAGGUCAGCAGCCAAUGUUGGCUUGGUGGCCAUCAUGGAGAAAGCAAGCGCAGGUGAAUGGAGCUUCUACAAGGAGGUGGUGCGCGAUAACGUCGGUGGUGGCACCUGGCAGGCUCUUAUUUUUGCUGGGAUCUUUUUGGCAUCAGUCUUCGGUCUCUACUGGAUGGCCUAUGGAUAUAGUGAUGACAAGCAAGAUGGACGCCGUGACCCCACACGGAUCCUGGAAAAUAAGCAAUCACCUGCUGGACAUUUGCUUUCUGGAAGGCAGAUGUAUCCAGCCAUGAGCCAACGACCGACUUUGGAGCAUGGUUCCAUGCGCUCGUUGGUCAUGGGCACAGCUCCUGGUAGCAGCGCCUUGCCACGCAAGUCCACAGGCGACAAUUGGUAUCCGGAGCUUCCGACCAUGUACCCGCCUUUGGUCAUCCCAGCGGCGCAUACGCGCUUGGCUGUGCCGGUGUCACCUUUGAUGGGACACGAGCAGUUUGAGGUGGAUGUCUUGGGAUUGUCAGGUGUGCCUUUGCUGACGGCCAGUUUGGUCCAAGAGAAUGGCAUGAGCAAGGUCCAGAUUACCCUGCACAGCGCAGGUACUUUGCUUGCGAUUGUCACUGCGGCCAAAGAGGUCUAUGGCAGCGAUGGAACACAUUUUGGCACUUUGGUUAAGGACGACCCCAAUAGUUUGCAGCAAACCCUGCGGGAUCGUGCUGGGAGGCCUUUGCUGGCAGUCAGCACUCGUCAGGACCGUAGGGACUACAAGAUGACGUCUAUUUCAGGAGGUCGUGUCAUUGAACGAGCCACGGCUGUGUGGCGCCCCAAGGGCAAGCUGCCGGCGGACCACUAUGAGGUAGUUGCCAACCCUAAUGUUGAUGCAGUGCUGGUGUUGGCAUGCUUCCUGGCGGUCGUGGUCUUCAGGACCUCGGUAUCUUCACCUGCAGGCAGCAGCACAGCAGGCCCCAGCAGAGCUGCACCUUCGGAUGCCAACCUCACGGGCCGCUAUUGGGGCUAUCGGGAGGAUUGAGCCAGUUGAGAGCCGAGCGCCGCGUCAAUUUGCUUCACCCUUUCUGACUGGCUAGCCUUUGCACGUUCGCCACAGCUUAAGAGCCCCUGCAAAAGACUUUGAUGAAAUGGCCUGCAGCUCUUACAUCUUACGUAUACAGUAUAGGAAUGUCGGAGUUUUUGUGAAUUGCUCGUGCUUUAUCAGUCACUGUGCUACCUGUACAGCACCAUGCGAAACAGUAU